AUGCCUCUACGAAAGAUAGCCCGAGCAUUACCGAGGCAAAGAACCCGAAGCUUAUCUCGCCAGAACCAGGAUAAUCGGGAGGAGAUGGCAGGCCGAAUAAGCCAACGGGAGGUUGGGAAAGAGAGGCCGGAACAGCGCAAUGACCGGCCUAGUGCUCAUCGAGCAGAAAUAGAGACGCCCUUUGACAAGAGAAAACUUGUUGAUCCGCGUAGUGAAGUUCUCAGUGCUCUAGCGAGACUUUCACGUCGUCAUAAAGAUCUUAUCCGGGCCCGGGAUCGAUGCGAGAACUAUUGCCAUAAUUACGAUCGAGAAGGAGCCAGGUACCUCAAGGCCGUACAAAAGUCAAAUGGUUCGAGGUCCUCCAACAGCAUCAGGGAAGAGUUCAACAAGGGAUUUCUCAGAGACGUGAUACUUGACAAGAAAAGCUUGCAGGCCGCCAGAACCGACUACCUAGCUGCUCAUGAGCAAGCUCGCAAACUCGGAAUUCCCAAGAAUUGCACUGACUUCGUAGAGUCUAUCGAUCUGCAGAGCUGUGAUACCGGUAUCAUCAUGGAGAAAGAUGCUGUGAACCGCAGGGCCACCGGAGACGAUCAACACAAGCUCGUCAGCCGUAUAAGAGCUUGGCGUACGUUGACUACUGCGGAUCCAUUACCGCAGCAGGUUAUUGUCGAAGACAGUCCGGAUCGGUUGAGCUCGGCCAGUUCGGCAGGUCGUACGGAAAGUUCUGUAGACACUGAUGCAUCAAGAGACCUGUCGAAAGACGCCAACAAGAAGCUGAAGUCAGACUCGGGGCUCAACCCAGAUUCGAGAGCCAGAGAAGACGAUGGCCCAGAAGUCAAUCUUUGGAAGCCCUCGGAUGGUAUCAAGUUUUCGCGACCACCAGAAAAGGUACCAGAUGCGAACGAUAACAAAGACACAGUCAAGCCCAAUUCCCCUGUCAGAGUUUCGCCACGCGGAGGCAAGAAGUCGAUUGCUUAUUUCUUCAAAGCACGGCCGAAAACGUCCAAAUCAGUUGUCGAUUCUAGGAAGGCGGCCGAUACUUCGAGUGCCGGUGAAGCAAGGUCUGGAGAGAAGAGGAAAAGUAGCUCCGAAGGAUCGCCUUCCAGUAAUAAACGGAGAAGGCCUGAAAGGCGGACCGCACCAGACUGA